CCGAUACUACUUCUACUCCUACUAGUAGUUGGGUCCUAGCGGAGUAAAUAAAACCCAAGGCAGGCGGUCUCUGCACACCACCGCCGUAGAGUUUUCUUUGACCAACGACCAUGGGUACGCCGUCGCUCCUGGACCGACUCCUAAACGGACUGGAUUCCGCCUCGCGCAGGCUAUAUGUCGCGGCCUCGAGAACGAUCGCGAGGAGGGCAACAACAACAACAACAACCAUGGAGACGCUGGAGCAGAUCAAGCCGACGAUGGCCGAGAUCGACCCACGAAUCCCCGACGCCCUCCGCGUCGCCUUCCGCCUCGGCGGCCACAGACUCUCAUCUCCCGGAGCCAACGACAACGAAGGCUUCGCCAGCUUCGUCGCCGCCGUGUUGCCAGCGCCGCCGGUUCCCGAUUGCCCCGCCGUGGUGCCAGCGCCGCGCGCGGCGAGGGCUCUGAGGCUGGACGUGGGCUCGUGCUACCUGCCGCACCACGACCACGACUCCCACUUCGGGGCCAGCGAUUUCGGCGUCCUCGGCGUGGCGGACGGCGUGGGCGGGUACAGCGAGCGCGGCGUGGACGCCGGCGCGUUCUCGCGCGGGCUCAUGACGAGCGCCUUCGCGGCGGUCGUCUCGGCCCCGCCCGGCGCGCCCGUCUGCCCCUACACGCUGCUGGAGCUCGCCUACGAGGAGACGGCCGCCUCCGCCGCUCCCGGGGCGUCCACGGCAGUCAUCCUCUCGCUCGCCCCCGCCGCCGACGCUGAAGAAUCUCCCAGACUCAGGUGGGCGUACAUCGGGGACAGCGGCUUCGCGGUGCUCCGGCGCGGCAAGAUCCUGCGCCGCUCGCGGCCGCAGCAGAGCCGCUUCAACUGCCCGUACCAGCUCAACAGCACCGGCAAUGGCGACAGAGUCACCGCGGCGGAGACGGGCGAGGUGCCGGUGGAGGAAGGGGACGUUGUGGUGGCUGGCACGGACGGGCUGUUCGACAACAUGUUCGACGAGGAGCUGGAGCGUGUCGUGCGGAUGGGCGCGGCGCUGGGCUUGCCGGCCAAGAACAUGGCGGACGUCAUCGCCGGCGUCGCUUACGAGAUGUCGAGGAACCGGGCGAGGGACUCGCCGUUCAGCGUCGAGAGCCGGAGGCAUCACCGGGCGGACCGGUGGUCCGGCGGGAAGGAGGACGACAUCACCGUAGUCGUCGCCUUCGUUGCCUUGUCCUAUUGAUUCGUGAUACGUCCUGUUUUGUUUGUUUCCUUUUUCCUUCUGAUGUACUAGUAGUAGUCCUCCACUAAUCGAUCUCUUGUUUCUUUUUUAGUUUUGGCAAUCACGGAUUAUUCGCAAAUCAAA